CACUUUCUACUUAAACCUCACUUUGCACCACAGCACUCGACGCAUUUUCUGCAGGAAAUCUUUUGUAGUUUGGCAUCAUUAUUACAUGCAUUAUUAUUUCGGCACCAGCAUGAAUCUAUGGUAGACUGUGAUCUAUCAUCACAGUCUACCAGAAGGACACGUUGGAUACAUUGAUUAAUGCAAUUACUUUAUGUGUUUAACAAAUGAACCACGAUCCUUUAAACAAUGUGCCUUGCACAAGCAGAGACGUCAUUUCGAAUGGUGGCGGACUUGAACUACAGAGCGGGGCUGUAGAAGACACUUCAGUACACACUAGUGCACAUAGGAACGACGCCUGGAAAUCAGAGCAACUAUGAAUGCGGAACUGAAACCUACGCGAAUAUAGACUUCGCCAAAUAUAAACCGAAACUAAAAUAUGUAGUGGGAAGAUGCAGUAACAAAGCCUGCACUCUACAUAACUUUUAGGGAACAUGGACGAGAUAAGACCGCUGUUGGACAACUCGCCAGCAGAGGGCGCUGAUGUUCCACAUCUGAACCUGAGGCCGAGGCACCAGGAGUUGAUCCCGACACCAUGCGGCCCGAUCAAGCCCUGGGCGGAGCUGAGCCGAGCGGUGCAGCUGUACUUCUGCUUCACGCUGGCCUCCAUGUGCGUGCUGCUGGGCCUCAAUCUGGCCAGCUUCUGCGGACAGUACGACGCCCUCCUGGAGCAAGACUUGGGCGUCUCCCUCAUCCAGCUGGUGGGAAUCUUGUUCUGCGUGUACUACGUGGUGCGGGGCGUACUGCAGGAGAACAGACAGGAGCUGUGUGCCUUCCUACUGAGCGUGCUCACUCUGGUCCUCCGCUCAGUGCUCAACUACAUUCUCCUGCCGCACCAGGAGCAGCAGAAGCUAAUGUUGAGGUUUGUGUGCAUACUGUGUGUGGGCGUGGUCCACGUCGUCUGCACCUGCCUCCUCAUCGGCGCGGCUGAUAGGAUGGCCUUUCGCGUGGGCGGGGCCUUGGAGAGCGUCCAAGAGCGGUACUUCCUGCUAAACCUGUGCUUCUCCAUGGUGACCUUUGACCUGCAAGCUCAGCUGUGCUUGUGUAUCUUGAUGAUAUCGGGGAGCGAAGCCACGAACCUCAGGGACAGCAUUCUGAUCGGCUGCGCCUGCAUCUUCUGGUCAUGUCUCACUACUGUAGUCGGCGGUGUUGCUCUUUUGAAAAAAGCCCGAGUCUUGGUUUUGGUAUUCCUCCUCCUGAACAUUCCAGAAGUGGUGUUUUUCAUCUAUCUCAUGUUCACGGUCAUCAGCAGGUGGCCGGCAGACGGCCCCCACACGCUGGAGGCUGCCAGCGUGGUGGGGGCCCUGCUCUCCGUGGGGAUCAAGAUGGCGCUCCUGGGGGCACUCGGCCGUCUGGACAAGCACUUCCGUCAGGGCCUGUGGGGCGCGGAGCCUAUAGCUGCCGGCUGAAGCAUUAGUUACAAAUAUACAUAUUUUUUCCAUCAUUUUCCUAUUAAGUACAUAUCUAUAUAUAUACACCUGUAUCGAUAUAUCUCUAUAUAUAUAUAUAUAUAUUUGAUAUACAUGUGCACUUUUGUGGCUAAUAUUUUGCCUAACGUUUUUCUUCCCCGGACUUCAGCCUACUGAAGUUUCCGAGGUUCAAGGAGAUGGUCUCUAGAUAGCCCCGGUGUUUAAACCAACCAACCUGUACUAUGUCCGGUCACUGCCCUGCGCCGUCCACUACGCACUCAGACAAGCCGCUCUGUGCUCUCCGGUUUGCCUUGUGUGUCGGCUGUUACUACUGACGACUGUCAUCCAAAGCCAUGUACAGAGCACUUUUAGAAAUGGAGAUACAGGCCAUCCAUGAGCAGGUGGCUAAAGCAUCUUACUAAAAAGGACAUUGGGAUUAAAAUUCAGUUCCUUUAAUGUACAGUAUUAAUUGACCGUGUCCUUUGUAACCCGUUAACUGACCAUCACCAUGGAAACCUGUUUACUGACCGUCUCCAUGGAAACCUGUUAACUGACCGUCUCCAUUGUAACCUGUUAACUGACCAUCACUAUGAAUAACCAGUUUUUGACCGUCUCCAUGGAAACCUGUUGACUGACCGUCUCCAUGGAAACCUGUUUACUGACUGUCUCCCUCCCCUUCCCCCCGAGCUAGAGCUGACCAGAGACACCUCUUCAUCAGGAGGGGGUGGUGAAAGUCAAACAAAGUGUUACGUGCAAUAGUAGCUGCUGCUUGCGUUGACAACUGGUGUUUCUUGUGCAGGACGCAUCGAGAUGAAAAUUUACAAUUGUAUUAAAAUACCUUUUUCUUGUCAUGACUUUUUUUGGUAUAUUUUUUUGAAACACUGUUAUGGAAUUAGCACAAACUUUAGUUAUUUUUACUUCAGCAAUCUCGAAGAUUUUCAUUGUGGAUGCAUGUUAAGUUACCAACUAUUGCCAAAUAAAGUCCCUUCACCAAAGGGAUAGCCAGAGAGAACGUAACGGAAAUCUUCGAGAUUUCCAAUUUAACUUUAUGUUUUAAUUUAAACAAAAACGACUUUAAUCAGAAGAUUAUUAAUGUUCUGCAAAUUGGAAUCAAUAAUAAUGUAACGAAUUUUGUUUACAACAUUUAAGCAAAAGUGUACAAUGAAACACAUACAUACAUUUCCAUGUU